AUGGCAAAGGGAAAACAGGAUGCUUCAAAGAAAAAGGGUGGAUCAGAUACUACUGCCAAAAAGGGUGUCGAGAAGCUUAAACCAGCUACGGCUGUCAAAGUUCGACAUAUUUUGUGUGAAAAGCAUGGAAGGGUGAUGGAAGCGAUGGCUAAAAUCAAGGAAGAGAACAUGCGAUUCGACAAGGUUGCCGAGUUGUACAGUGAAGACAAGGCCAAAGCAGGAGGUGCUUUGGGAUGGUUGAUCCGUGGAGCAAUGGUUGGUGAUUUCCAGGAUGCUGCAUUUGCCCUUCAGCCAAGUACAUGCGACAAGCCCGUGUUCACGGACCCACCGGUCAAGACCAAGUUUGGCUAUCACCUCAUAAUGGUGCCACAUGGCUCAUACUGCGAUUCUUGUACACUCUGGAACUCUUUACCAUCUAUGUCCGCAACAUGA